GGUUGAUUAAACUAAUUAUAUGCCGCCAAGCCAAGUGAAUGCUGAGAAGUAAACAAAACAAGAAAUGGAUAUAAAACCCAAGAAUUACAGUGACAGAAAAAAAAGAGUAAAAUGGACUCCGGAAGCUGUAAGAUUUCUGUUGAAAUUAUGGAAAGAGAUUUUGCCCAAGAUGCGAAACACCAAAAGAACCAGUCAUAUAUAUACAGAAAUGUCUACACAAAUGAUCAAAGGAGGAUUUAAUUUUAACGCAAGGGAGGUGACCGUAAAACUUCACAAUUUAACUAAUAAAUAUAAAGAAGAAAGGAAGAAAGUAAAAAAGGGCACGGCAUUUGAGAAUGACUGGCGCUACUACAAGGAAUUAGAUUACUUGCUUGGCAGUCGCAUAUCAUACGAAACCUUUAUCUCUAAAUGCACAUGUGAUCCACUUAAUGAGUCUAACGAGGAAUCUCGUAUUAGUGGUGAAAAUGCACGUACGGAAGAUGCCGACCUAAAAACUAAUUUUGAAGAAAGUUCCUUUCACCCUGAAUCAGACGCUUCGGAAUCAGCAGAUAUCGAUCGACAAUCUAACUGUUCGUCUUCGGACAUGUAUGCUUGCAAUGACCAGAGCGAGAACGAAGUUGUAUUAAUUUCAGAAACAAGUGUAUCCAAACAAAGAGGUGAGACUAAUCCAAAAAGUGCUGAUAAUUCCACUUUUAGAAUAAUUGCGGACGGAGGCUUGCCUUCUGAUAAAGACACUUCUUCCCGGAACGGUAUUUGGCCAACAUUUGUUCCAAAAAAACUUUCGAAAACAUCUAUGACUGAAAACCCUAAUGCCCUAUCUUUGAAUUUGGCUAAAUGGGAACUUGUUCAAUUGCAAAAAGCCAAGGUUGAACAAGAAAUAGAAUAUCAGAGACAAGAAUAUGAACAAAAAAGACGAGAGCAUAGUUUACGAUUGAGUCACAUGGAGGAAGAGCAUGAGCUACGGAUGAUGUCUCUGCGCAAUGAUUUAAAAAUGAGCUUGAAGCAUCAGAAAAAUUUAAUUAUUUAAUAGUAAACGUAAAAUCUUCAUUAAGCUGAGCCAAACCCCUAAUAAGGGGGACACGAAAGAUGUUUUAAAAUAAAACUUGUCCAAAUUUA